UUCUGUCAUCUGGCUGUUUUGAGCUCAGAGGGCUUUAAACCUGCAGCUCAGAGGAGCCGAGGAGUGCUGUUCAUUUCUCCAGACUCUUCUCUGGAUCUACUCAAGCUUUUAUUCUAGUAGUCUGAUGGGUUUCUAACCUCUUGGGUCCAGUCUUAACGCAGGUUUCACACUGAGGAGUCUAUCUGCAGGAGUGCACCAUGUUCAGCUGGCUGGGAACAGACGACAGGAGAAAGAGAGAUCCUGAGGUGUUCCACACUGUCAGUGAAGGACUCAAGAAGCUGUACAAAACCAAACUGCUUCCUUUAGAAGAGCACUACAAAUUCCACGAGUUCCACUCACCGUCACUGGAGGAUGCAGACUUUGACAACAAGCCCAUGGUCCUACUGGUGGGACAAUACUCCACUGGAAAGACCAGCUUCAUACGAUACCUGCUAGAACAGGAUUUCCCAGGCAUGCGGAUUGGUCCAGAGCCAACCACAGACUCGUUUAUUGCCGUAAUGCAUGGCGACAUCGAAGGCUUGAUCCCAGGAAACGCUCUGGUCGUGGAUCCAAAGAAGCCUUUUCGUAAGCUGAAUGCUUUUGGCAAUGCAUUCCUAAACAGGUUUGUGUGUGCCCAGCUCCCGAACCCUGUUCUGGAGAGCAUCAGUGUGAUUGAUACUCCAGGAAUCCUGUCUGGAGAAAAGCAAAGAAUUAGCAGAGGCUAUGACUUUGCUGCCGUGCUGGAAUGGUUCGCUGAGCGCGUGGAUCGCAUCAUCCUUCUAUUUGAUGCCCACAAGCUUGACAUCUCUGAUGAGUUCUCAGAGGUGAUAAAGGCCCUGAAGAACCAUGAGGACAAGAUCCGUGUGGUACUUAACAAGGCAGACCAGAUUGAGACUCAGCAGUUGAUGCGCGUCUAUGGUGCCCUCAUGUGGUCACUGGGGAAGAUUGUCAACACACCUGAAGUGAUCCGGGUCUACAUUGGCUCCUUCUGGUCACACCCAUUGCUCAUCCCUGACAAUCGCAAGCUGUUUGAAGCCGAGGAGCAAGAUCUGUUCAAAGACAUCCAGUCGCUGCCACGCAAUGCUGCUCUCCGCAAACUGAAUGAUCUCAUUAAGAGGGCCAGACUUGCUAAGGUCCAUGCCUACAUCAUCAGUUCUUUGAAGAAAGAAAUGCCCUCAGUCUUUGGGAAAGAUAACAAAAAGAAGGAACUGAUCAACAGCUUGGGAGAGAUCUACAGUCGGAUUGAGAGAGAGCAUCAGAUUUCUCCUGGAGAUUUCCCCAAUUUAAAAAGAAUGCAGGAACAGCUGCAAGCCCAUGACCUGAACAAGUUUCAGCCACUAAAGCCAAAGCUUCUUGACACGGUGGACGACAUGCUGGCUCAUGAUAUUGCCCAACUGAUGGUACUGGUGCGCCAAGAGGAAACACAGAAACCUGGCCAGGUGGUAAAGGGCGGUGCGUUUGAGGGCACCAUGAAUGGGCCAUUUGGCCACGGAUAUGGCGAAGGUGCUGGUGAAGGUAUUGAUGAGCUUGAGUGGGUGGUUGCACGUGAUAAACCUAUGUACGACGAGAUCUUUUACACACUUUCACCUGUCAACGGGAAAGUGACUGGUGCAAAUGCCAAGAAAGAGAUGGUCAAGUCAAAGCUGCCCAACACUGUGCUAGGCAAGAUAUGGAAGCUGGCUGACAUUGACAAGGACGGCAUGCUGGACGAUGAAGAGUUUGCCCUGGCCAACCACCUCAUCAAGGUCAAACUCGAAGGGCAUGAGCUUCCUAGUGAGCUUCCAUCCCAUCUAGUACCUCCUUCAAAGAGAAAAAUACCGGAGUAAUUUGAGUUAUAUUUAGGAAAAGUGGCUAUUAGGACUUCAUUUCAUGGACACUGUAUGGACAAUUAACAAUGAACAUGAUUAUAUAAAUAAAAUGCAAGUAACUGACUGCUCUGACUUUUUCCCUAGAUAUGUGGAUUUGAAGUUUGUUGGAUAUGUGCAUGGUUUUUAAAGAAAUGAGAAGUACACAAUUUUCCAGAAUGACCUACACAUCCACAGUUACACUGAGACCCAGCUUUACACUGAAAUGAUAAUUACUACAGAUUUCCAACAUUUCUCAUGUUAAUCAGUACGCAUGUGUGGUCUCUUCCCCCCCCCCCCCCCCCCAUUUUAAUUUCAAGCCAUUGUGCAGUAUAUCAGUAUUAGAGAAAUCAUGUCUUAACAACAAAAGAGAUUAACAUCCUUAGUCUUAAUUACUUUCACAGUAGUUAUCCUAAAUAUAACGGCAAAUAUUAAUCAUUCUUUUUCUAAGUAUAUGUACUUCUUGUGAAGGUGGCAUCAUAAUAAAUGCAAGCCCUUUCUAGCCUGACCAAGUGACUGUUAACAAUGUGUGUUGUGGCGAUUAUAUGAACGUUGAUUAUUCGACUCGUGUAUGGAUGGACCUGUAGUGAUGGCAACCUUGUCCAAUAGUGUACUGUACAUGUUAAUCCCUGUUAAUGUUAACUUGAUGUAUUUAAAAUACUUACUUGAUUCCUGUUUUAAAAAUAGAUUUAAAAAUAAGUGAGGCAGCACUAACAUUUAUAUUUGACUGCUUUAACAUUUUUUUCCAUUUAACUGGAAGGUUGUGCAUUCAUAUCACUAUUUUGUCAGUACUCAUCAUACUGCAACAGUUCAUGAGCGUUUGUCUGUGCAUCCUUGAAAGUUAUCGGCGUGUAAUAGUUUACUGUGAGCUAACUGAGCACUGAAAUGGAACUGAUGUAUUUAGUCAGUGGCGCACUUGUUAACCACUGAGCCUCAUCUGCUCAGACAAGUCAGAAAAGUUUUUAAAUAAAGGUAAGCAUAAUGCUUGACAAUGAUUACUACCACAGGCCUAUAAUUUAGGGUCAAAUAAUCAAAAAAUAAAUUGCACCCUGUUUCAGUUUCCUGUAUUUGAUAUAUGCUGGUGUGCUUGACAACCUUUUGUCAUCAGAGUGAAUAAACUGUGUAUCAAUGCA